CCAGUCUACUGUCUAUUACAAGUUGCGCUCGCGACUUGACUGGACGCUGCUAUCGCGCUGCACAGCUCUACGGUGAUGUUUUGUGACGGCUAGUAUGUUUUAUUUCGUGUUCGUGUGACUGAUGUACCAAUAACAACCAUGUGGAAGUGCCUUCUGCUCACCGUUGCGCUCGCGCUCCUAAGCCACGCGGAAUUGCAAGAGAGAGUAUGCAUCGGAACCAACGGUCGGAUGUCAGUUCCGUCGAAUCGCGAAAUUCACUACCGGAAUCUUCGCGACCGUUUCACGAAUUGUACUUACGUGGACGGCAAUCUGGAGCUUACGUGGCUGCAAAACGAGACGAUGGACCUGUCGUUUCUCAAGAAUAUACGCGAAGUAACCGGCUACGUGCUUAUUUCGCACGUCAAUGUGCGCCAAAUAAUCCUGCCGGAAUUACAGAUCAUCCGCGGACGGACACUUUUCAAAGUCAACGUACUCGAUCAAGAUUUUGCUCUUAUGGUCACUAUGUCCACGGCUUAUACUCUAGAAUUACCUUCGCUACGUGAUGUUCUCCGUGGUAGUGUAGCUAUUUUCGACAACUAUAAUAUCUGCCACGUAAAAACUAUCAACUGGGACGAGAUAAUUACAGGUCCGAAUGCGACCUUUGUCUACGUCUACAACUUUACAGCACCAGAGCGACAAUGCCCAGAAUGUGAUCGUUCUUGUGUGGCAGGUUGCUGGGGAGAUGGCCCUCAUAAUUGCCAAAAAUUUUCAAAAAUCAACUGCAGCCCACAAUGUGCACAAGGACGAUGUUUCGGCCCAAAUCCACGAGACUGUUGCAACACAUUCUGCGCUGGCGGGUGUACUGGCCCGCUGCCCAGUCAAUGUCUAGCAUGUCGAAAUUUUUACGAUGAGGGAACAUGCUCUCAAGAAUGCCCUCCAAUGCAAAUAUACAAUCCUACGACGUAUUCAUGGGAACCGAAUCCGAACGGCAAAUACGCGUAUGGGGCAACGUGUGUACGAAAUUGUCCCGAACAUCUUCUAAAAGACAAUGGCGCUUGUGUAAGAAGCUGUCCCCCUAAUAAAACCGCAGUAAAUGGAGAAUGCAUGCCUUGUAAUAUAACUUGCCCAAAAACUUGCCGUGCAGAUAAACCAAUUAAUUCUGGAAACAUAAACAGCUUCAUAGAUUGCACAAUUAUUGAUGGGUCCGUAGAAAUCUUGGAGAUGACUUUUACUGGGUUCCAGCAUGUUUAUCCAGACUACUCUUUCGGCGAACGCUAUCCUCCCAUGGAACCAGAUCGUCUUGAAGUAUUUAGCACUGUGCGUGAGGUGACUGGGUACUUAAACGUCCAGGCUCACCAUGCAAACUUCACUAGUUUAUCGUACUUCCGCAACUUGGAAGUAAUUGGGGGACGACAGCUGGUCGAAAACUUAUUCGCUUCUUUAUACAUAGUCAAGACAUCACUAACAUCAUUAGGCUUGAAGUCUCUGAAGAAAGUUAAUUCAGGUGCAAUUGCAAUUAUAGAAAAUCGAAAUCUCUGCUUUGCCGACAAGAUAGCUUGGUACAAGUUAGUGAAGUCAAAAGACCAUAAACAAGUUAUACAAAAGAAUGGCGAUCCAAGAACUUGUGAAAAGGCAAAUUUGGUGUGUGACGCUCAAUGCUCCUCGGACGGAUGCUGGGGCGCUGGACCAGACCAAUGCUUAUCCUGCCAAAAUUUCAAACUCGGUGAAACAUGUAUACAAAAUUGUAGUGUACAAACAGGGCUGUACAAAGCUGGACCGAAAAUCUGUAAGCAGUGCCACCCCGAGUGCAUGGACGGCUGUACGGGGCCUACUCGCGCGAAUUGCUCCAAAUGCAAGCACGUGAGGGAUGGCCCAUAUUGCGUCAGCAAGUGCCCAGAAACAAGAUUCGUUUCUGAAAAUGGCACGUGCCAACCUUGCCAUAACAACUGCAACGACGGAUGUACAGGCCCAGCUAAUAUUGUUGGAGAAGGAGGCUGCAACUCUUGCAAGAAAGCAAUAAUUGGUGAUGAGGCUACGGUUACAAGUUGUCUUAAGGAAAACGAACCCUGUCCAGAUGGGUACUACAACGAAUGGGUUGGGAAUGUUAAAUCUUUGGAAGGAAAAGUAAAAGUAGUGUGCAGGAAAUGUCAUCCUUUAUGUCUUAAAUGUAACGGUUAUGGAAUUCACGAGCAAGUGUGCCAAGUAUGUAAAAGUUUUAAAAGAGGAGAUCAAUGUGAAGACGAAUGUCCUGCCGACCACUACCCAGAAAAAUUUAGCAGUAUUUGUACCCCAUGUCAUCAUGAAUGCAAAGGUUGCAAUGGUCCCUCGUCGACGGAUUGUAUCAAAUGUCAAAAUUUGAAAACAUCACUAGAUGAAUCUAGUUUCAACUGCACUGAUACCUGCCCUGAUGACAAGCCCCAUAAAAUAUUUUUCGAUGAGCAAUUGCAAAAUCCUAUUGACGAGCCGUACUGUUCAGAAUCAGCAAGCGGUAUUCCUUCCAUGGCGACAGCCAGAACUCCAACAGUUCUUGUAAUCAUUCUAGUUUUUGCUUUUAUGUCACUUAUCAUACUUGGCAUAAUAGGAUAUUUCUGCAGGCAAAAAGCAAAAGCUAAAAAGGAGGCAGUGAAAAUGACUAGGGUAUUAACGGGUUGUGAAGACAAUGAGCCUCUCCGACCCACUAAUGUAAAACCUAACUUAGCCAAACUAAGAAUCGUCAAAGAAGCGGAGCUCCGACGAGGAGGCAUGUUAGGAUUUGGCGCAUUUGGAAAAGUCUAUAAAGGUGUUUGGGUACCCGAAGGUGAAAAUGUUAAAAUCCCUGUUGCCAUAAAAGUACUCAAAGAGGGAUCAGGUACGAAUUCAAGUAAAGAGUUUCUAGAAGAGGCAUACAUUAUGGCAAGUGUAGAACAUCCUAAUCUUCUCCAGCUUCUAGCUGUAUGCAUGACAAACCAAAUGAUGUUGAUUACCCAGUUGAUGCCAUUAGGUUGCUUGCUAGAUUAUGUCAGAACUCACAGAGAAAAAAUAGGAUCGAAGGCUUUUCUUAAUUGGUGCACUCAAAUCGCUCGUGGUAUGGCAUACUUAGAAGAAAAGCGACUAGUACACAGAGAUUUAGCUGCAAGAAAUGUAUUAGUGCAAACUCCGAAUUGUGUUAAAAUAACUGAUUUUGGAUUAGCUAAACUAUUAGAUAUUAAUGAAGAUGAGUACAAAGCAGCAGGCGGUAAGAUGCCUAUUAAGUGGUUAGCAUUAGAAUGCAUCCAGCAUAGAAUAUUUACGCAUAAGAGUGAUGUUUGGGCCUUUGGUGUUACAAUAUGGGAAAUUCUGAGUUACGGAGCGCGUCCUUACGAAAACAUUUCCGCUAGAAAUGUUCCCGAGCUCAUAGAAAAUGGUCACAAAUUGCCUCAACCUGGCAUUUGUACUCUUGAUAUUUAUUGCCUAAUGAUCAGAUGCUGGAUGCUUGACGCCGACAGUAGGCCAACAUUCAAGGAAUUAGCGGAGAAGUUUGCUGAGAUGGCAAGAGACCCCGGACGAUACCUUGUCAUUCCUGGAGACAAAUUUAUGCGCCUUCCAACGUAUUCAUCACAGGACGAAAAGGAAAUGAUAAGAAGUAUUUCGUCAGCAAUAGAAGGUCCAGAGCCAAUAAUGGAAGCUGAUGAAUAUCUACAGCCCAAAUUCAGAACUGUACCAGGUACAGCCACUUCAAGUUCAGCAGUCAGCGCUGGAAUGGAGACACAAACUAGUUCGCUAAAACCUUGCACGUCCUCGUCGUGGGCCAACAAUGCCACUAGUCCCGAGAGCGUUUCCACUGAUGGCUCUGUCAGACCUGAGAACUGGGAUCGUGAACUCUUAAGGUACAAUCAUCAGAUGAAUCCAGAUGGCACAGAAUUAAGGCACUAUUAUAACAACGGUGUCAGUGCAUCCGAUACAUCAAGUUCGAGGUACUGUGUAGACCCUAUGAAACUUCGUCCAGAAGGUCCUUUGGAACCUAAUUUUGACAGUAUGUCAAAAGUUAAGGAAGCUCAAGUCGGUAACCUGAAAUUAAAUUUGCCUCUAGACGAGGACGAUUACUUGAUGCCGUCGCCGCAGCAUAGUCAGAACACUUCUGCGUACAUGGAUUUAAUAGGAGAAGGAGGUGAAAAUCAGGAAGCGAAAGACGUGCAGCUACCUUAUGAUGGCUUCGUCGGGCCUAAGCGAUGUGUGGACAAUCCAGAGUAUCUAAUGUCUGACGAGAACGUACCAGCGCAAACACUUGGGAUCCCUACGGAGCCAAUGCCGUUAGAAUCGCUAUGCGUUAGUGAAGGCAGCGGCAGUGAGUCGACACCGAGGCCAGGCACUAGUAAGUUCCUGCCACAGCGGUCAGUCGAAGAGGAGUCCAUGUCUGAUCACGAGUACUACAACGACCUGCAACGCGAGAUGCAGCCGCUGCGCCGCAACGAGACUACCGUUUGAACCGCUGUGUACGCUUCCGUGUGAUGUAUACGUAGACUGAUUUCUGGCAACUAUUGACUAUAUUACUUAAAAGACGCACACGUGCGCUCUUCGUGCCAUUGGUGUGAUGGCUAGUGUUAGUUUGUUGAAAAACUUUAACUAAGAAUUUUAAUUAGUUUUAAUCGAGACAUUUUGUUAUUUUUUUUUUCUACUUAAUAUUCUGUAAAUGUACUGUGAAUUAUGAAAUUUAAAAAUAUACCUGACAUUUAUUGGGUGCUCUGCACUUAACAAAAUACAAACAAUAUAUGUUAUUUAUUAAUUUAGAUUAAGAAUGGCUAUGUUCAGAAGUAGGCUAAGUUGCUGAAUAAGCAAGUGUUAUUUUUAUUUUAAAACUGUGAUAAUUAGUUUAAUUCCUAUAAAAUGGACACCAGUGAACUUCUAAAGGUUUUUCAACUUCUUAGUUAAUUACAUCUAUCACUAUGCAAUGAAAUACACGAUAUUUAUGUAUAAAAAUCACAUUCCGAUUUGUAAGACAUUUAGAACUUUGCUUUUAGUAAAUGUUAUAAUAUGGCUGUUAAAUGUUGGGUAUUGUGCAAAACAGUUGUACUUCAGAUAAUUAAAUAGACAUUGUUUUUGUUGUUGCCAUGUUUAGUUCUCUGUCAAGUGAUCUACAACAUAGACUUUUAUCUUCUUAUUUCACAAAUGAAUAUCGUACACAGUCUUUUGAGCUUAAUACCAUCAUCAAGAACUUGUUCUUCCAUUUACGAGUCAGAUCUUGCCAUGGAAUGAUACCACUACGCCACUAGCUUGCUAUAAUUAAAUACAACUUGCCUGGCUUAUAGAACCUGACUCGAAGCAUAUUUAGACGCUGAUAAGUAGUAAAGUGUCAACUAACAUAACCAUAGUUUAACGAAAAUGGCGCCUAAAUAUAUUUUCGUUGUUUUUGAUAGUUUGUGCUUGUUGUUGUUGGGGAAACUCAAGUAAGUAGUAAUAAAUCACAAAAAUUCAUCACGAGAUUUUCAACAGCAAAAGUUUUCAUUUCUUUA